AUGGAGCAAUUCUCAAGAAAGAAGAGUCUUUGGGUUAAUGGGUUAGCACUGUUAAAAAUUGAGAAAGAGUUGUGGAGGAUUUUCUUGGGGUUAAGAGAAAGAGUUACACCCUCACAUUCAGCAUCUGGUGGAAACGACAAAUCCCAACUACAGAUAUAUAGUGAGAGUGGACCAUUAUGUAAGGAAUUUAGUGUGAGAAGAGUUCAUGAAGCUGGAUUUACUGUUGAUAUGAAAGUGGCAAGUAUGCUUGUUGAUGGCAGGUGGAAUUGGCCAAUAAAUUGGGAGAGAAAUAGAAGAAUGGUUAAUGGUGAAGAAAGAGAUGAGAGAGCAGUAACUGAAUGCAUUUGUGAAGCUGUUAGAAUGAGACUUAUGGGGCUUAAGGUCAAGAAAACUAUGAAUGUGAUAAAGGAAUACAAGAAGCGGGAUAACGUAGUUAAGUCGUAUGUUACUUGGGUGGAUGAGGAAAAGAAAACGCUUAACAUGAUUACUGAAUCGUUUACUCUGGGCAGUUUGAGGGAAUUUCGAAUGAAACACAAAAGUAUUGAUUUGAAGGCUGUCAAGAAUUGGGCUAGACAGAUUCUUGGAGGGUUGGUUUAUCUUCAUAGUCAACAACCGCCGAUCAUUCAUGGAGAUUUAAGUUGUGACAAUAUUUUCUUCAAUGGAUGUCGUGGAGAAGUGAAGAUAGGAGAUACAGGGUUAGCAAGUUUUACACGUAGCCGGGCUCUUGAUUUUAUGGCACCGGAGUUUUUUGAAGAGAAGUAUGAUGAACUUGUUGACACAUAUUCGUUUGGAAUGUGCAUAUUAGAGGUUGUUACGUGUGAGCAUCCGUAUAGCGAAUGCAAAGGUGAUCAAUCAGAGAUACAUGAGAAAGUUACUUCUGGUGUAAAGCCGCUUUGUCUUUCAAAAGUCAGGGAUCUACAAGUGAAGGAGUUCAAAGAGAAGUGUUUGGUCCCUGCGGCUCAACGAUUGUCAGCAAAAGAGUUGUUAAAAGACCCUUAUCUUGCCGAAGGAUGUAUAAACAAGGAGGUACUUGAGCCAAGACUUGAAGAUUUUUUCGGCGAUAUGCAGCUUAGUGACGACAAUAUGGUGUCAUUGGGUAGUUCAUGUGUAAAGAAGGAUGAUGGCGGCCCAUCGUGUGUUUUGUCAGAAGAACUUCCGUGUGUUGAUGAGAAAAAGGAUCUCGAUGUGAAAAAAGAGAAGAAUGAAGAAAAGUUUGUGACAAUAAAGUUGAGAGUGGUUGAUGUUGAUGGAAAUGGGCAUAAUAUUGAAUUUCCAUUCAACUUGGAUGCUGAAGAUCCACAUGAAACUGCGAAAGAUAUGAUUGAAGAAGUUGGCAUAAUUCAUGAAGAUGUUGAUACCUUAGCAGACCGGAUCAAGGAUGAAAUCUUGAAAUUGGUUCCGACAUGGAGACCCUCUUUGGUAAAUCUAGUUACACGGGUGAUUCGACGAAGAGCUCAUCAGGAGUGUCAUUUUCCAGUUGUUCUAGCAUCACAAGUAGUUGCUCCAGUUGGUCUGAACAUUCUUUAG